AUGCACGUCGUCACUGGGACCUCAGUGCAGUGGAGGAACCCAACGAGCAGUACUGACCUCCGAGGACAUGAUGGGAGGGAGGCAACCGGGGUACCGGAGCAGAACCCACAGACUGUGAACACUUCACCUAUUCCUCAAAAUUCAGGGAAAGGGAGACCUUUCUUGGCAGACCUAGAUGACUCGCAAAUUUCGGGCGACGAGCUCAACGACAGUUGCCGCUUGAGCCCACCAACUGAUCAAACCGCUUCCGCAGUGAAUUCCAAAGACGCCUUCAGUCCAUCCACACAGGCAGCAAUGAAUCGAGGACAUGAUGAGUUGUCCGGGCCGUCUGCAUGUUCGAUGAGAACACAGCGUGUGCAAGUCAAUCAGGCUCCAGUGUCGGGUCCCCCGUCAGACGCUCCGCCAGAAAACCAGAGAGAAACGCUGCAUUUAGUCUCUUCUGCGCCCGAUUACGUUGCCGAUGCUACAGGGUCUGGUGCGGCUGGACAGCUCUCGUGUUUUGGCGCCUCCACAGCCGGUAGCAUCUCUUAUCGUCUUAAAGCAGCGAGAAAAGAAGUCGGGGUGUGCGUCCCAGGCUUCUUCCCCCCUGAGCAAAAAGGUUGCACACCCUCUGAGAGCCUUCCUGAACAUGUUACUUGUAGUGGGGUGCCGGCAACCGAGCCGCUAAAGUAUUGGGUUCUCCACUGGCAAUUUCCCUUUGUUCUCUUUUCCACUCUGGCGAGAAGGUGUGUCAAGUAUUUGGCCAGACGGCAAAACCACCUGCCAGCUCUUCGGCGACUGCAGCGUUUACUUCGUUUCGUCGUAGCCGCAACAUGGGCCUCUUUCCCCCCACCUUCCUCGUCUGCCGGCCCUUCCUCACUUCCCAUGGCCUCGCACCAUUUUGACCACGACAAGACAGAGGAGUUUUCCUGGAUUUCCGAGGUUUUGCCUUCACGGCGUCCACCUCCCAGUGCACCACCUGAAAAGGUCGAAGAGGUGGUGUCGCUUGUCGUGUGGCAGCCACUUCUUUGGGUGCUCGUCCCUGCUGUUUUCCUUCUUAUUGCUGAGCACAGUAGAGAACUCGACAACUGGUUCGAGCGCAGGCGACAGACACAAGACAUGAAUGAACGGAGAAUGAAGCGCGGGAGGGAGUUAACGCCAGGGGAGGAGGGCGAUGGAGCGGAAGGAAACUCCGACCAACUUCUAGCUCGCGCGCUUGUCUGGCUAUCUCGCGUGUUAAUUGUAGUGAAAUUGGGGUCCGCUCUUUUAGAAGUCGUGAAGCAGGUUGCAGUGUUUAUUGCCACUUAUUGUUGCAUGCGGUACGGCCUCACGUGGUUUGCCACUGUUCUUGAGUGUCCGUUGGGUAUGAGUUCGUCUUUCCACGACAGAAGUGAGAGCAUGGUUGCCCCACGACAGCCUUCAUAG